AUGAGUAGCAACGGGUAUACAAACGGACAUUCAACGCGAAAAAUCAAUUUCGGGGCGGGACCAGCUCAGUUACCAGUAGAAGUUUUAGAAACUAUUCAAAAUGAAUUUCUUGAUUUUAAUGGAUCUGGAUCAAAUGUUAUGGAACUUAGUCAUCGGUCGUCGGCAUUCGCCAAAAUUAUCCAAGAAGCCGAACGCGAUAUUCGAGAAAUAUUAACGAUACCUGAUUCGUAUGCUGUUCUGUUCUUGCAAGGCGGCGCUACUGCUCAAUUCAGUGCCGUUGCAUUAAAUUUCCUCAAUUUGAAACCGUCGAAAACAGCUGAUUAUCUUGUCACAGGUUAUUGGUCAGAAAAAGCGGCGAAAGAAGCCGAAAAAUUCGGCAAGAUUAAUUGGGUUGUGCCAAAGUCUAGCAAGUACCAAGGUAAUUGUAUUCAAACAAAACCAAAAUAUCGCUUAAUAAACGCUUUGAAUGAAAUAGGUGUACCAGCCGAAGAUACUUGGAAAUUAUCUGAAGAACCGUCGUACUUUUAUUACUGCGCAAAUGAAACAAUUGACGGAGUCGAAAUGGAGAAUAUCCCAACAGUUGUACCGAAAGAUGUACCGAUCGUGUGCGAUAUGUCAUCGAAUUUCUUAACACGGCCCUUCGAUGUCACCAAAUACGCCGUUAUCUUUGCCAGUGCCCAGAAGAAUUUCGGUGCAAGCGGCCUUGUUCUCGUUAUCCUAAGAAAAGAUUUGGUGGAAAACAAUACGAAUAAAUCAAUACCGAUCAUUUUGGAUUACAAAGUGCAAAUUGCCAAUGAAUCAAUGUACAAUACUCCACCGACAUUUUCAAUCUAUGUUGCAAACAAAAUGUUUGCUUGGACUAAAGCGCAAGGUGGCUUGAAAGCACUGAAUCAACAAUCGGCUAGCAAGUCUUCGCUCGUAUAUGAAACAAUUGAUGAAUCGAACGGUUUUUAUGUGAAUUCUGUCGAGAAGAACUACCGUAGUCGUGUGAACAUUCCAUUACGUAUCGUCACCAACGGUACAACUAACGAGACACUUGAAGCGUUGUUUCUUGCUGAAGUAGUCAAGUCGAAUAUGUUCGAAUUGAAAGGUCAUCGAGCUGUUGGCGGAAUUCGUAUAAGUCUUUACAAUGGCAUCACAGUUAAAGAAACGGAAAAAUUAGUAAAUUUUAUGAGAACAUUUCAAGCAAAGAAUAAUUCAGUCUAG